UGUGUACCAAUGUUUAGUUUCGAAGUUCUUGGAACACUCAUACAACUGAAGAUGAGACCUAACUCAGAGUUGGCCGACAUUUCUUCAAAAUUAGAGAAUUUAGAGGAAAUAAACGAUUUUUUUCAGAAUAUUGUAAUGGAAUUAUCUUUGGUGAAGAAUAAAUGUGAACUAUGGAUUCAAGAAAAAGAAACAUUAACUUUCACGGAGGUCAAAGAAUACAUAACAGAGACAACGAAAGACAUUUUACAACGUUGCAUUUCCGUAACAAGUAGUCAGUUAAAAAUGGUAGCCGACUCAGCCACAAUUUUAGAAAAUAACAUACCUCUACAACCUGUAUCCUUUAAAGUGUCAAACUCUAUCUCAACAGAGUAUCAGACAUUAACAGAAAAAUUUAAAGAGAUAAAUUCAAGUUUUACUGAACAAAGUAAACAAUUCAAGAAAGUACAGCAAAAAUUAAAACAUCAAAAAUUAAUUAAUAAAAUGCUUGAUGAAAGAAUUAACAAGUGUGUCGAUGAUAAUGCGGAAUGCACAAAAUUACAAGAAAAUUUAAAUGAAAAAUAUGUUGAACUUAAAGAAGAAGUUACAAGUGAAUUUUACGCGGCUAGUAGAUUUAUGGCUUAUCUACAAACUAAAUGUGAAAGUUUGUCACAGGAGUUCAAGGAAAGUAAAGCAAUGUGCAAGGAAGAAGACUUAACGGUGAGAAUAAUUGUAAAAUAUUUGGUAUACCAUGACUGUGCAGCAGAGAAAAUACCACAAAGACAUCAAAAUAUGUUAGAAAAACUUGAUUAUAUUGAUCAACAUGAACAACAAAUAAUGGGAAAAGGAAAGGUUGAUCCUCAAGAAUAUCUAAAAAAAUGCAUGAAGAAUCCAGGUCAUAUACAUUUUAUACCUGUCACUACAUUAACAUUAUAUCAUCUACCUGAAGGUCACCGUGAUACCGAUUUGUAUGAGUUAAUGAAAGCUGCAGCUGAUUUGACAGUAAAAAUAAGUGUCGCUACAACCAGUCCAAAAAGACCUGAAUUUUGGCCAUGUACAAAUGUUCCAUAUCCUUUUCAUAAAUCUAAAGAAAAGCCACACCUGAGGACUGGAAGUGGAAUGAUAAACAAAGUAAUGACAGGGUUGGAAGCAAUAUGUCCAUGUGAUAAUUGUAAACAUUCGAAUAAACCAAACACUGAUUGGUGGACUAUACGAGUAGGAACAGCCGCCAAUGUUGUAUACAACGACCACGAGGCAAAAUAUGCGACGUUGAGGUUGUUUUAUGAUACAGAGGAAAGCCAAGAUGUUUCUGUUACAUGUGCACGAAAUAUUCAAUUAUACAAAAACGUUGAUGCAGACUAUUGCUGGUUUAAUUGUGUGACUUGUGAUACAGAACUUGCUAACAAAUUGGAGAAAAUGAUUCAACGUUAUGAAGCUCUUUUAAAGGAAAUUACAGCAAAGUACAGACAAACAAGAGACAUUCAUAAAUUGAUGUUUCUAGUGUCACAUCCUCAUGGUUGUUGUAAACGUAUUAGCAUUGGCCAAUGGGAUGAGAAAUCUAUAGUAAGAAAAAAAAAUAAAACGUUUACCUACUCAACAUAUACAUGUCCAGGUAGUAGUGGAGCCUGGGUUUACUGUUUAGGAUAUGACUGGAGCAUUCACGGAGGGACUAUGAAAUGUGGACUUAAUUACAGUAGAAUGUAGAAAGAUAUUUUUCAAAUAUAAAAAUAAAAAAUCAAUAUUUCAUUAAUGAUGCUAAAUUAUAUGAUAUAUACCUAACUUGCUGUUAUAAUUGAUGACAUGUAUCAAAUAUAUCGUUUUCUAAAAUUCGUGAUCUGAAAUUCUUGUUUCAAAAGUUCUCAAUUAGUACUUGUUACUUAUUUUUUGUUUUGAAAAGCUUCCUUUACAUGACACUAUUUAGGCAUCUACCCACUCUGGAUAAACUCGUUCCGACAUGAUCUGCAACCACUUUAGUAUUAAUCAAGCCUUUCCAACUAAGCUGAGCAGUGAAAUAACAAUCAGGGCCGCCGCUAGGGUUGUGACCGCCUGCGUACGAAAUUAAAUACUCUCCUCCCCCCCCCCCCUUUUUUUUAAAGAUUUUUUUUUAUUAUGACUGAGCUGGGCCAUGUACCAAAAGCGCUUGUUGAUUUAAAUCCAUUUUUUCAGAAUUUUCCUUUUUUUCCUUUCAUUUUCACACCGUUGUUAUAUACCAAAUAUUUCCUAUUUUAACUUUGCAUUGUAUUUUUUUUAUUGCGAAGUCACAAAGUCAUUGUCCAGUUGUAUCAAUAAGUGGGCUAAACCCAAGAAAAUGUUCAUGUAUAGCAACAUGAGGUAUGUAAGAAACAGAAGCAAUAAUAAUAGUGAUUUGUUCGGUAUGAGGCAUAUCUGGUGUAAAAUCUAAUGUUUUGUAAAAAUAUUUGUGUGCUUAUAUAAUUUCAAGGAUUUUAUUGUCUUAUUCAUUCGUAUUUUUGAAAUUGCCUGUAUAAAUGGAUACAAAAUGGGUGUGUCAAAUAAAAUAAUUGAGAAUCAUUUAAAAGCGAGUCAUGGCUGAUAAUAAUUCGUUCUAUAAAGGAUUGCUAAGGCAGAUUUUCAAUAUCAAGCAUUUUUAAUGCGAUUUUUCUAUUGUUUUUUUUCCUUUUAAGAGCAAUUUUUUUUUUUACAUUUUCUUUCUGUAUUAUAUUCGUGUCUUUUGAGAAUUAUUAUGACCCUAAAAUCACCUUAAUCAUUUACUCCUUUUUUUAAUCUAUUAUGUCGUCUCUAUUUAUUCCUAAAACAACCGACAAGGACCAUUAAAUGUAAUACAAAGUGACUCGAAAUACAAAAGCUAAUGACGGUGAACCUUUUUCAACAUUCAGUAAACUUUGAUAAUGAUUAUCACGAUUCUAUUUUGGAGAGAUGUGCAUUGUCUCCACAAUUAUUUAACAACGCGGAUUCGGAGGUACCUAAACAUUUAUCCAACACACCACUAAGACAAAAAAAAAAGCAAUCAAUGCUAAAUAUUUUUCUUGAAUAGAUAUUAUUAUAAACCUAAUGGUGAUCCAGAUGCUGAUAGGAGUGUGUGCAGUAAGCCAACGCAAAUCGCCCCUGUCAACCGCAACGAGCCGAAACCGUCAACUACAAUGUCUGGCGAAGUUUCAAGGAAUAUCUAAAGUACUUAGGCCAGUCACGUCCAAUAUAGUCCAGCGAUGUUCGAUCCAGUUCUAGAAAGCCAUUGAUGACCCCAUUUAAAGAGCAAGGUAUCAGAGUCGAGUCUGUUACAACUUCCGUACGUUACGACAGAGUUCAACAAGGUACAGCGAAGCCAAUAGAGUUUUUGCUACAUUAAAAAGUUGCUACGGACAUGGCGAUAUCCAGAACAAUGUACAGCCAGUGAUACAGUUAGUGUUAGGUGUUGCCAAUAUUAUAGUAUAGUCUGUGAUUUAUUGGACAUUAAACCAUCACGUUAUUUUGGAGACCUGAGUUGUUAAGUUCUUUACGUUGGUGAUGUAGUGUGGUGCAGUUAGCAGAGAGCCUGAAUAGAGAGAUACGUUACAAUAUAGAAUAAAUAAUGACUUGAAAAAAAAAACAAGUGUUUCUCAAACAUUUCCUGGUGGCGUCCCCUACAUGAUAAAAUGUUCGUUCUAGCCCCCCAAACUGAGGUCGUGAUUUUUUCUUAGAAUGUUAUUAAAAAGUAAAGAAAUCUUUUUUUUUGGAAAUUGUGUUUCCUACAUAAUUUUUAAGCGAUGUAAAAAAGUUUUUUUCUGGAGAUUGAAUAGAAUAAUCGGCGUUUUCCGCUCAAGUCAGCAAGGGGUCUGAUUUCGGUGCCGGGCCCUGGCGCUGAGCGUAUUCUGGUGUUUUCAGCUUCAGAAAUUCUUUCUCCUAGCGUUUACACCUUUUUCUCGUAGUAAGAAGAAAGAAUAUAAAAUAGCCAAUGUUGAAGACUUUUUCUUUUAGAACGCACUAUUCAUCCUAGUAAAAAAAAAGUCUAAUAAUUAAGCGACCUCUAUGGUCAAUAGUAUUAUUCGAGGGACAUUUAUUUAUAUAUAGCACACGGACGUCUGUAGUGGAGACGUGAUCUUUUUUACGAUCAAAUGCCGAGGAAUAUUUUUUUUACACAAUUUUAUUUUUGCUGUUUUUAAAAAGGAUUUGCUUAUUUCACGAAUAUAAAAGUCAGAUUUCUGAAUGGUAAUGACAUGCUAUCCCCUUUACUUUAAUUAUAUGUAAGCUCUGCUAAGCGCACUGGAUUACGUUCUUCGAUUUCUUUCCUAACGACAUUAAAAAAAAUUGACAUUAGUUUAAUAUCAGAACACGCUACACUUUUUUUUAAGAUAUAUUUUGAGAAAUUGGGUUAGGGCUAGGGUUAGGGCUAAUUUGUGUGACACAUCUCCCCUUGACGCAGGUAAAGUCAAAGGUACGAAGAUAAGACUAGCACCUAAAUCUGGUCGUCGGCGUCAUGCGUCUGGCGAUCAUCUCUUUCGGACUGGUCAUUACCUGUGACACCAAUCCCGCCCCCUCUCUUCUUGGCACAUUUCACUCCUUACACAUACUCUUUCCUCCACCCUUCCCUCUCUCACGCGUAUGAUGAUAAUCUGUUUCCAACACUCCUCUUGUCAUGCCCUAGGUACGAAUCUUAAUCCUUAUUUCCCAGAGCGGCCCAAUGUCUAUUCUUCACUUUCAAUCUCUUCGCCCCUACGUCUUUAUAAGCUUGUGUAGUUUGGAACAUUGACUAAUCAUUUGUCCAGCACGCUGACAAACUGGCAAAACGUUCGCAAUUUCAUUAUUUUAUUUUUUUACGGAAUUUCUAGUGACAAUCUAUAUAAACAAUGGAAAAAUAUCCGUCUAAGAGAGUAAAAGAAAAAAAAAUCGCGUGAAGGAUAUCUCUAAGUUUUCGAUAGGUUUAGUGCAAAUCAUUCUAAGUUCUGGCGAGGUGAACUUAAGAAUGACUGUAGAGCUCGUCUACACACAGAUGCUGUAAACAAAGACCUUUUUCUAUAUCAACUAGACCAGCAAAACCAUGGAUGUGAUGCUGCACAACUUCAGGCUGCCUCUAUUUUAACAACAAUUAAAAAGAAGGCUGCUACUUCCACAGAGAUCCCAUUUUGUAUCAUAAACAGCGGUCUACAAGGAACUUUAGCAGCAGUGCAUGCGAAAUUGUCCAAGAAAGACGCUUUGCAUAAAAGUAAUUCAGCGGAGCAGAAUCGAAACGCAAGAAGCUUUUCCACAGCCUGAACAUAAGUCAACUUUGACUAUUCCAUUAGAAUACCAGAACUAUAUAGCUUCACCUGAGUUGAAAGAAAAGUUUCUUUUAUGUAACUCGAGAGAAAAUGACAAUAAAAGAAUUUUACUAUUCGGUAGAGAAUCAAAUGGCAGUUGGAGCAGUGAAAUGAAAAAGCUUUACGUGGAUGGGACAUUCAGAAUCUUCCCUUCUAUAUUCUCACAGAUCUACGUUAUUAUAGCAGAAAUAUUUGGUUUUAUACUGCCUGUCCUAUAUGCACUACCGCCAAACAAAGAAGGACAAACAUAUCGCCACAUGUUUGAAGCAGUGAAAGAGUUGUAGCCAGAUCUUCAUCUGUUUCUAUGGACUUUGAGCAGGCUGCUAUUUGAGCUCUUCAGUCAACUUCUCCGUUAUGUGCUAUACAUGGCUGCUUGUUUCAUCUGACAUAAAAUAUUCGUAAGAAAUUGGCAGAUGAAAAUCUUCUUCCAAUGUACAACAAUGAUCCAUAGUUUGCUUUGGCCGCUAUAAUAAUAAUUAGUGGUGUCUAAGCAUACUUUUGUGUUACAUUUUGUUAUUAUUUUUAUUAGCAAAUUUAUAAUAUAUAGCUGGAUAUAUCAUACUUUCA